GAGCGGAGAGGGACAGCCCUAGCCAGAAAUUCCCCAAUGGCUUCUACGGAGCUCGACCGCGCCGAGCAGCAGCGCGAGGCCCGCCGCAAGCGCCGACAACGUAGUAGAACGCGACGCAAGGCCGGUUCCGUUCCGUCCUCUUCCGGUGAAUCUGGACCCAAGGAACAUGUCAGAAGUGCUGCGCAGACACCAUCAGCACAAAUGGUGGAAGAACUAGCUGAUUCAUUCUCAGAGCAACUACCUGGGAGGAUUGCCGACAAAGGAAAAUCAGUCAUGGGUAUUUUAGUGGAGGAGAAAGACCUGGUUUCAUACCGUCGUGACUGGGAAUACUCUUGGGGCAGCAAGUUCGGCCUCUUCCAAGACUACACUUGUGUGAGAGCCAUGCUCUUCACAUGUAAACCCACCCCACCACAUGCAAGUGUCAAAACUUGCUUGCAGAUUUUCUCCAUCAGAGUCACAGAGAUUGAUGAUGGUCUCGAGUGGCCACUUGAGGUCUAUGGCUUGGUUGCCACCCGAGACUCUGUGGAUCAUAAUCGCAACAUUAUCUUCAGACGCGGAAGGGAUGCCUGCCAAUUUCUCACUGAACAGGAUUCAUUUUUGCUGUUGACUGGCCCGUCUCGUGCGGUCGUGUUCACCGGCCCUGUCGACGUCGAAAUCCAACUAAAAGUGAAGGGCAGCACAGAGCCUGAAGACAAAGAUUUGAUCUCCAACGUGCUAGUAUACAAACGCGAUUUCAGUAGUAACAGUUCUGGUGGUGCAGGCAACCUCGUGCGUAGCAGCUGUUCCAGCCAGUUCUGCUCACUGGAGCUCACGUCCGCACUAAUCGCCGGAGCGGUCGAGGCCACCGUCAUCACCGCGGAACUUAUCCAAGGCCGGUGGCCCAAGAACUUGGGAAUCCGUAUUGUCUCUGGUACUUCCAGCACAGAUGAAGAUUUCGUACUGCUUGAUGCUCGAGACGGAAAGUUUCGUGUCGAUCUAGCUGAUGGUGUCAUCACCCUUUCCAGACACGUUGUCUGUGUGGAGAAAGAUGGAGGACUGAAACUCUCUGUUGAGGCUUACAAGAGAAAUGGAGAUAUCUAUGAAGAAUCUCCUGUGACAGUCUUGACACCCAAGAGAUUCUCUGCGAGCCUUGGUAUAUGCAAGCUUAACUUCUGCACGAUUCGGUUCACUGUCGGUUGGUCCUGCCUCGCGACAGUGAGUGAUCUGAUGGCCCAUGGUAUCUGAUGCAACAAACCAUUUAGAACUAGAGGAUACCUUACCCUGUCCGAAGCUGUUUAGCUGUAUCCACUUGGCGUUUCCAGCCGUAUGGUAAAAGAUGUAGAACUAGUUACCUAGUAUCUCUAACAGUCAUGUUAUAUAUGUUCCAGACCACUA